CAGCACGGGUACCAUUGACAUGGUUGUUACGCGCCAUAUGCAAAAGUUUGCCAGAUGCUCGAGCUCGCCGUCUGCUGUCACCAGCAGUUAGGCCUACUAGGCCUACGACUACAACUUACAAGUGUGAGAUUUCUGGUCAGGCCUGCGUUCGUUCAAAGAAUUUGUUGGCCUAUGUACAGGUUUGACCAUUUUUAUCGGCCCUUGAGAGUUGAGUCAAAGUUGAUCGACCAUGGAGGACUCUGCACCUAGUUUUGGCAUCGAUAUCAUAAAAAACAGCAUCAGAGAUCUCCAGGAAGAAAAGGAAAAGAAUGAAAGGAAGUUGUCAGAAGCACGGUCAAGAAGGAGAAAGUUGGAAAGCAGAUAUGAAGCAGCUUUGAGUAAAUUCAAUCAGACCACAGACACCAAAGGCAAGAUGGCAGACACACUGAAGGUUGCCCAGUAUAAGGUCAGCCAGUCCCAAGCAGCCAUUGAAAGUCAGCAGAGCAUUAAUCAAGAGCUGGAGCAGAGAAUUUCUCACCUCAGAGCCAACAAGGCGGCUGAGGAAACACGCCAGCAGGAAGAAAAGGAAUUGCUGGAGGGCAAGCUGGCUAGCUUGGCGGACAUGUUCCACCAUGGCAAGGACUUUUAUACUGAUCAGUUGCUGCAAGACGAAGUCAGUUCAGUAAAGAAUGAAAUGCAGAGCCUGACCUCAAAAGUCAGACAGACAGACACGGAGGCAGAGCGGCUCAUAGGGCUGUUUGAAGCCUUGGAGAUGGUUGCCAAGAAAAAUGAAGAUGAGAAAGGUUUCCUCGGAAUAUCGUUGGAGACCCAGCAUCAGGCCUUAGACCUGUUUGAGCAAGAGAAGAAAGCCGAAGAGCAGGAGCUUGUCAAGAUGAAGGAAGUGGAGAGACAGCUACUCACUCAACUUGAGGAGUAAAUAGAUCAUUUUGGAAACUCUUGUUUCACUCUGUGCAAUUGCUAGAUGUUUUGACUUGCCUCUGUUUUAAGGCCUGACAUGCGUAAGAGCACCUUGUACUUUGACAGUUUCAGGACCAUUUGUCUAGUGUUUGCAAGCAAAAAACUUACUUUGGAAUGUCUAAAUGAGUCAACUCCACCACUGAAUUACUUUAAGUUUUGGGGGUUCCAAGAUUCCUGUACCAAAGCUUUCAACAUUUUUUUUCCAUUUCACCCCCCCCCCGGGCAAGUCCCACCCCCCAUGUUGUAAUGCCCAUGUAGACUUGUAUAGUGUUAUUUUACCAAACAGCAAUUUCCAUGUUCAUCCGUUUUUAUUCUCCUGAACGGCUUCGUGAAAUUGACCACAGAGCUACCUCUGAUUUCUUGUUCACCUCCGACAACCAAAGAAUAGACUGACCAACUCAAUGAGAUUAAGUGACAUAAAGAAAGAAACAAAUUUAAUAUCUGAUAUCAAGAUGGACGGGUGUAGUUAAAAUGCAUUAGAGGUGAGGUGGGUUGCUGUCGAUGGGAAUAUCCCCAACUUUUCAAACUGUAGCACUAGGCACUUUACACAACUAUGUUAUCAAGUUCAAAAGAAAUAUUACAUUCGUUGAAAAAUGGUAAAAUAUUUAACAAAUACAUUUAUUUACACACUUUGGAGAUGACUUAAAUAGGGGUUAAAGAGCAAACCAGCUAAUUCAGAAAGCCAUGAAGUUGUUUGGUGUUCCAUUUCUGUUUGAAGUUGUUCAACUCAUGUUUAAAAAGCGGAACGAAAUACGCUUUAAUUUGUGACAAAAAGUCUGUUUGGUGCUUUUAACAUUUAAACAGUUCAGCAUUUGCAUAAUAAAUUCAAAUGCCGUUAACAUUUCGUGAACAUAA